AUGGUCAGAGGCUCAGGCAAGUUUAAGACCAAGCGCGGCGGAGGGAGGAAUUUCAGCAAACACCUCGAAAUUGACGAGAACGGAACUGCUGUUUCACUUGAUAAACGAUGGGCUCCUCGUAAUCAAGAGGAUGAGGCCGAUUCAGACGAAGAGAACAAAUUGGAGGAAGAAGAGGAAGAGGAGGAGGAAGAUGAGGAUGAGGAGGAUGAAGAAGGGGCCAGCGGCAGUGCCGCACAGCCUGAGCUAAGUCGCGCUGAGCGAAAGGCGCUCAAGAAGAAACAAGCCGACCAAAAACAACCAGGGGAGGGAGACAGUGACACAGAUGCAGAUCUAAUAAACCCCAACCACGUCGAGAAGAAGAUGAAUAUAUCUGAUCUUGGCGCGCCUCGAGAGCUAACCCGUAGAGAAAGGGAGGCGAAGGAGAAACAAGAAGCCAAGGAUCGCUACUGGAAGCUACAUCUUGCUGGAAAGACCGAUGAAGCAAAGUCUGAUCUCGCCCGCCUUAGAAAGAUCAAAGAGGAACGAGAGGCUGCUCAAGCCAAGAGGAAGGCUGAAGCUGAAGCAAAGGCCGCAGAGAUAGAGGCCAAGCGCAAGGCAGCCGAGAAGAAACGCACUUGA